AUGGAGGAAGAAGUUAAAGUAGGAGGUUGUUGCUCAUCAGUAUCGACAGAGACGACAAAAGCAAAAUGGUGUUGUGGACCAGAGUCAUCAUUAUCAUCACAGUUGGCUAACAAUAUUGGAUCGACACCAAAGACCUGUUGCUCAAAUUGCUGCAAGGAGGGCAGGAACAAUGGCAGAGCAUGUUUGUGUCAGGUGCCCCAGAACCAGCGCCGUGGCAAGCUUGGCGAGAACGGCUGUGUCGCUUGUGGCUGCACCGGCUGCCACCCACAGGACCUGGAGAACAAGUUGCAACAGCACAGUGGCGCCAGCAGUCUCAACAGCAGCACGACCAGCUUGUCAAAGAAGGAGGAGGAGGAUGCUCAAUUGAAGAAUGGAUGCUGCAAACCAUGUAUGAAGGCGUUCAGCGAGACUGGCAAGUCGUGUCUAUGUCAGGUGCCGUCUUCGGUGAGGAUGGGUGUUCUGCCCGAGGGAGGAUGUAAACUGUGUCGCUGCAAGGGUUGCCAUCCAGAGGAGCUCCUGUCACGCAAGCAGCAGCAUCAAGCGCCACCACCUCACAUGUACAAGAUGCCGCCACAACACUACAUGGAGGAUGUGCCGCCACCCAUGUUCUAUCCACCCUACUCUGACCCCUUCACGAUUGGCUACGGCGCACCCCGACGACCCGUGCCCGCAUCUAUGCAUCGUCCUGACGGCCUGCUGCCCUACCCCAUGCCGUCGCUGGCCGAGUAUGACCUGCCGCCCUACCACAUGAUGUCUGCGCGCUGGGACGACUAUGAGUACUUCUCCAAGAGCGGCUUUGGUCCGCACAUGGGCGAGCAACUGUCCCGACGCCGACUAGAGAGAUACAAGGAGACGCCAUAUGAUAGAAAGCACUCUAGUGGCGCUAUGCCAAAGAGCAGCGAUACCGAUCACUAUGGCGGUGGCAGUGGCAACUAUGGAGACCCACGCUCCAAGUAUCCAACGUCGCGAUCCAGUGUGGAGAACAGUCCAGAGUACAAGCGACGCGAGGCCAGACCAUCUGGACGAGAUAAGCAUUCACGCGAUUGGGAUGACGACAACAGCAGCAGUGGCAGCAACAGCAGUAGAUAUGGUUCAAGCAAGAGAAGAGAUCCACUCUAUUAA